AUGUGUGCUUCUCGGCCGAGACUCUUUGACGCAUGGUGCAUCGAAACUCGUGGCGCGAUACCAUCCCGAAACGGGCACUCCAACCUCCGCCGCCCCGCGCCCUCUUUACGCGCUGACGUCACCGCGACACGUCGUCCGCCUUCCUGCGCGUCGAAACCCACUGGCAGCGUAAGGUGCGGUGCGAGCAACAGUGGAGGCAGGGAGAGCAAGAGGGGGAGACGCAGCGGAAUGGCGGGUUCAGCGCGGCUGCACUGUCUCUGCCUCACCACGCACCGUCAACUGCUCACACAGAGCCUCGUCGUCCCCACUGCCGCCCCGCCCGCCGCCAUGAAGCUGAGUGUGAGCGCGUGGCAGCAGGGGCGGAGGAGGGCAGGCGGAUUUCGGGAGGGAGCAGGGCAGGGCGGAGGGGAUUUGGUGAGUGGGCGAUGGGGAGGGGCGGCGAGCAUUAAUGACGUUUGGAGAAGCGGCAGGGGGGGCAGCAACAGUGGGGUUCCUUGUUUUCAACCUCCCUGUCAUGAGAUGAUGAUGAUGAUGAUGAUGAUGAUGAUGAUGAUGAUGAUGAUGAUGAUGAUGAUGAUGAUGAUGAUGAUGAUGAUGAUGAUGAUGAUGAUGAUGAUGAUGAUGAUGAUGAUGAUGAUGAUGAUGAUGAUGAUGAUGAUGAUGAUGAUGA